UCUUUCCCUCCUUUUGGUUCUGGAGACAAACUCUCCGGUCAUGAGACGCACUGUGAGCCUGCUGAUGAUGACGAUGGUCCUGCUGGACUUUACAAACUCAGAUGUCUGGAUGCUGCCGGCUCCCAGCAGAGUUUCCAUGGAGUCUGUUGACAUGAGACACGUACUGAGGUGGGGCCCUCUGGAGGCUCCCUGUGACACCGCAGCCCUCUACUCUGUUCAGUUCCAGGGUGAGUUUGAGCUGAUGUUGCUGAACGGCAGCUGGGUGGACGCUCAUGAGUGUCAGCUGAUUCCUCACACUCACUGCGACCUGACCUUAGACCUGGGCUCCGACUCCGACUACAACCUCCGCGUCAGAGCGCAGUGCGGCUCCCAGCUGUCGCUUUGGACCAAGCUCAGCCUGCCCUUCAACCGCAGAGACACGGUCUUGACGGCGCCGGAGAUGGCGGUGACGGUGGCAGGUGAUGCCCUUCAGGUGUCGUUCAACAAGCUUCCUCUCACUGCUGUUGUCAGUGUGACGGUGUGGAAGAGAGGCGACGAGCUGCAGGCCACUGUGCACACAAUGCCAGCUGAGCAGACGGUGCUGCUUGUCCCCGCCCUGCAGGAGGGAGCAGUGUACUGCGUCAGAGCUCACACCAUCCUGGACAAUCGGCUCCGCAGCAGCAGCACCGACCCCCAGUGUGUCUCCAUCACUGGUCCAGACGCUGCCUGGAAGAAGCCGACCACUGUGACUGUGACCGUCAUCAUCAUGGCCGGUCUCCUGUUCGCUGUCUUCUGGUCCGUCGUUCACUGUCGUCCAGACGUCUGUCAAACGUACAUCCGUAAAGAGCCACUGCCCCGCUCGCUGGAACCUGAUUGGGACACUAAAAUCGCGAUGAGCCCUGAGGAGGCGGAGCUUUGUGAGGAGGUCCAUGUGUGCGGGCCUGAAAAAUGAAGCCAAUGCGCAAGUGCCAAAAACUGCAGUUCUUUGAACGGCCACUUGAGGCUGACUCCAAGAGUGAGUCGAUCCCCACAGACCGCCAUCUUAAAACUUUACAGCAGAAGCAAACAUGUUUACAGACUGGUACAAGGUUUAGUCUCCAUGACAACCAUAUGAAG